AUGGAUUCCAGUCUCCUCCAGGCAAUUGAGGAAAUUGAGAAUUUUUUCCAGCAUCUCUCUGAGCAACAUGCAGAACAGGCAGAAACCCCAGAUGCACCAGAACCACAGAACUGUAUGCCUCUGACUGCCCAUGCUGAGGAGAGCCAACAUGAGUCAACCCAGAGCAAGAUGAUGCCUCCCUUGGGGUCCACAAUGAUGACUUCUGCAUGCACUAACACCCCCGGGACAGUUCUCACCCAGGACUUAACAAUGUGCGCUCUUAAAGCCCUUGAAGACCUAAGUGAGACUUAUUCCAUGGGCCAGAAAGUGACUUCCUUUGAUGAUCAGAUAAAACACACAGCAGGUUCCCAGAUGACAGAUGUUACUGACACCCCAAAGUCAUCACCCACUGAUUGCCAGAAGACAACCAUCACUGCAAGCAACAUAACAGUCUCCAGUGAAAGUAGCCAGCUGAACACCCCAAGUAGUGACCAGACCCUCAAUGAGAAUCAGACACCAGCCCUGCAUGGAGAUCAGAUGAAGACCCUCAGUGAUAACCAGACUCUCUGUGGGGACCAGGUGACCUUCAGUAGUGACCAGACCCUCACUGAUGGUCAUACAGUGACUUCCAGUAGUGAUGAGACCCUCUCUGGGGGCCAGAUGACAACCAGUCUAGACCUCUAUGGAGGGCAAAAGAUGACUUCCAUUGAUAACCAGACCCUCUGUGGGGAGCAGAUGACGACCUCCAGUGGUCACCAGGCCCUCUGUGGGGAGCAGGUGACAACAUCCACUGGUAACCAGACUCUCUAUGGGGGGCAGAUGACGACCUCCACUGGUAACCAGGCCCUCUACGGGGAGCAGGUGACGACCUCCACUAGUAACCAGACCAUCUGUGGGGAGCAGGUGACAACCUCCAUUAGUAACCAGACCUUCUGUGGGGAGCAGGUGACGACCUCCACUGGUAACCAGAUGCUCUACGGGGGGCAGAUGACGACCUCCACUGGUAACCAGACCCUCUACUGUGGGCAGAUGACGACCUCCACUGGUAACCAGACCCUCCAUGGAGAGCAGAUGACGACCUCCACUGGUAACCAGACCCUCUACAGGGAGCAGAUGAUGACCUCCACUAGUAACCAGACCCACUGUGGAGAGCAGAUGACGACCUCCACUGGUAACCAGAACCUCUACAGGGAGCAGAUGAUGACCUCCACUAGUAACCAGACCCUCUGUGGAGAGCAGAUGACAACCUCCCCUGGUAACCAGGCCCUCUACGGGGGACAGAUGACGACCUCCACUAGUAACCAGGCCCUCUACGGGGGACAGAUGACGACCUCCACCAGUAACCAGACCCUCUACGGGGGACAGAUGACGACCUCCACCAGUAACCAGACCCUCUGUGGAGAGCAGAUGAUGACCUCCACUAGUAACCAGACCCUCUACGGGGGGCAGAUGAUGACCUCCACUGGUAACCAGACUCUCUACGGGGGACAGAAUAUGAUGACCUCCACUUUUAACCAGAACCUUUACGGGGGGCAGAAUAUGACCCCCAUUGAUAACCAGGCCGUCUAUGGAGGCCAGAUGGCAACGUAUAGUGGCAACCCAACCCUCUAUGGGGACCAGAUGCUGACUCUUCAGGUGGGCAAUAUGACAACGCUCACUGAUGACCACAGCCUUUAUGGGGGAUAUAUGAUGCCCCAUCAGUUCUUAUCAUUGCCAUACCCAGGAUUCCUAUGCUUUUCAAGUUCCCAUUUGAUUCAAGGACAACUCCCAGAAAAGCAGAAGACACAGAGCUGCCAGUUCUGGAAGAAUCCUGAGGUUUCAAGGCCCUAUGUCUGCACUUACGAGGACUGCAAGAUGUCUUAUUCAAAGGCUUGCCACCUCCGAAUACACAUGCGCAAGCACACCGGGGAGAAGCCCUAUGUAUGCGAUGUAGAGGGAUGUACGUGGAAAUUUGCCCGCUCAGAUGAGCUCAACAGACACAAGAAAAGGCACACUGGGGAAAGGCCCUACCUGUGUUCAAUAUGCAGCAAGAAUUUUGCAAGAUCUGAUCACCUAAAGCAGCAUGCAAAGGUCCACAACAUUCGCCCAGGAUUAUGA